AUGAGUGACGGUGAUGAUGCCGUCUCCCCAGCUGUCGACUUCAGCGCUGGCGUUGUCGCAGGUGCCGUCGGCCUCGUGGUCGGCCAGCCGUUCGAUGUCGUCAAGGUGCGGUACCAGACCCCUGCCUUCAACGGCAAAUACACCUCCAUCUUUGGAGCGUUCCGGUCCAUCGUGCAGCAGGAGGGCACAGUCGGCCUGUUCAAAGGCGUCACUUCACCCAUGGCUGGCAUUGCUUUCGUCAACGGUGUCGUCUUCUCUUCCUACUCGUUCUUCAUCAACCUCCAACACCCAGGAAACGGUAGCAGUCCAACGCUUGGGCAGAUCACCCUGGCUGGCACAGGAAGCGGCAUGCUCGCAGCUUUCCUGACAUGUCCCAUCGAGCUCGUCAAGAUCCGUCAGCAGUCCAUGCCCAUCCACAUGAACCCCUCGACAUGGUCCGUCACCAAGGACAUUUUGAGGCAGGGCGGUAUUCGCGGUAUCUACCGCGGCUUUUCGGCCACAUUGAUACGCGAGCUCGCGUAUGGGCCGUACUUUGGCGCCCUUGUCUGCCACUCUGUCAAUUCUGCCGCUCCUUCGUCACAUUUGUCAUCCUUCAAUGUGGAGCCGACAAAGUCGGAGUGCUGCACCAACUCGGACAAUGCUGCUGCCAUGUGCCAAGUCUGUGCAGACGACUCUCUGCUGACAUUCAGAUACGAGGGCAUGCUGAGGCUGUUCAAGUGGCGCCGAAGGCGUGACGGAGAGGACCUCCAUGAGAAACCGCAUCGCCACGACCUCAUCCACGAGGCGGAGGCUGAGAUGCACACGCUCAGCUGGCCAGAGCUGAUGGCUGCUGGCGGUGUAGCAGGUGUUGUGGCGUGGAUGGUCACCUUCCCGUUUGACGUUUUCAAGACUCGCAUGCAGAGCUCCUCCACCUUGGAGGAAGGUAGUGGAACGCGCAAACCACCUGGUCUAUGGCGCGUGGCGACCGAAAGCAUUCGUCGAGAAGGCCCAGGCGUCAUGGUUGCAGGCCUCUGGCCCACCGUCGUUCGUCGUCAGGUGGGCGACAUAUGGAGGGACAAGUGGAGGUAUGGUUUGGUGCCAUUCCAGUCUGCCCUUCCCGAGAGGAUUCCACGUCCUUUUGGGGUAGCACUGGAAUGA